GCUUGUGUUUGUUUUCCAACGUUAUCUCCACAGCUCUUACAAUAAUUUUAAUGGCGGAGAAACGUCUCUCAAAUGCCCCCACUUUUUGAGUUGGGCAAAUUACAUAUGAGAGAGAGGGUGAUACCAAAGCCACGUGUUCUUGCAUGCGAGUCUCAGUUGUGUUUCACUUCAGCAAAAGCCAAGCCAACCUUCAUCCUUCCUUUCUGCCCAUCUGGUUUCAGUAGACUUUGAGUGACCAAAUUUUCUGCUGAUAACUUGCAGUGUCUCCAGCUGCCAUGAUGAUCGUCUCGCCUGGCCUUUUCAAACACCCUUCCAGAUGUUUCAGAUCCUACAGUAUUGUCGGUGUUGGUCUUCUUGGCACUUUCACAUAUUGUCACAAAUAUAAGAUAAAUCGAGUCAGCUUCUCCAGUUCUAUUCCUUCUUAUUACCAUUGUCGUGCAACACUAUCAACAAUGAUGGAGGAAGUGAAGCCGGAAUUUGAUUCAGACAAAGCUGCUGUACUAGUUAACGAGCUCAGGAAAACCUUUAAUUCUGGCAAGACAAAGAGCUAUGAAUGGAGAAUAUCACAAUUGGAAAGCAUAUCAAAGAUGAUUGAUGAAAAGGAGAAGGAAAUUGUAGAAGCACUACGGAAGGACCUCUCAAAACCUGAACUUGAAGCGUUCUUAUCAGAAAUUUUGAUGGCAAGAUCCUCAUGUAAGUUGGCUCUGAAAGAACUUAAACAAUGGAUGAUGCCACAAAAGGUUGAAACUUCGUUGGCAACUUAUCCAUCGUCAGCUGAAAUUGUGGCAGAACCUCUUGGAGUCGUCUUGGUCAUAUCUACCUGGAACUUCCCUUUUUCAUUGUCUCUUGAUCCGGUGAUUGGAGCUAUUGCUGCUGGCAAUGCUGUGGUCCUCAAGCCAUCAGAAAUUGCUUCAGCCACAUCAUCACUGCUUUCAAGGCUAGUAGGGGAAUAUAUGGAUAAAUCUGCUAUAAUUGUUGUUGAGGGUGCUGUUGCUGAGACCUCUGCAUUACUAGAGCAGAAAUGGGAUAAGAUCUUUUUUACAGGUGGCGCAAGAGUUGGGCGCAUUGUGAUGGCUGCAGCAGCAAAGAACCUUACACCAGUAACUCUUGAACUUGGAGGAAAGUGCCCGGCUGUUGUUGAUUCCAAUGUUAAUUUACAAGUUACGUCAAGGAGGAUUGUAGCCGGCAAGUGGGUAUGCAACAACGGACAAGCUUGCAUCAGUGUUGAUUAUAUCAUAACAACAAAAGAACUUGCCCCAAAGUUGAUAGCAACUCUAGUUAGUGUAGUGGAGGAAAUCUUCGGAAAAGAUCUAAUGGAAUCAAAGGAACGAUCCCGCAUUAUAAACUCAUUCCACUUCAAACGUCUAGUAAAUCUCUUGGAAGAGGAUAAGGUCUCCAACAAAAUUGUUUUCGGAGGCCAAAGGGAGGAGAGCCAAUUACAAAUAGCUCCAACAAUAUUGUUGGAUGUUCCUGAGGACUCGAUGAUCAUGCAAGAAGAAAUAUUUGGACCAUUACUUCCAAUAAUUACUGUUGAAAGGUUGGAAGAUAGCUUUGCUAUGAUAAACAGAAAGCCAAAGCCUCUUGCUGCAUAUCUCUUCAGUGAUGAUGAACAGAUUAAGAGGAAGUUUGUGCAAAAUAUUUGCGCCGGAGGAAUGGCUAUUAAUGACACCAUUCUACAAGUCACAGUUCCCACUCUACCUUUCGGAGGAGUCGGGGAGAGUGGAAUGGGGUCAUACCAUGGGAAAUUCUCUUUUGAUGCUUUUAGCCAUAAGAAGGCAGUUUUAUACAGAAGUUUUGCAGGGGAUUCGCCGACUAGGUACCCACCAUACACACCGGGAAAGAAAAAGCAAAUAAAAGCCUUACUCAGUGGCAAGUUACUUAACAUUAUGCUUGCUUUACUUGGAUUCUAUAAAGACUGAGACAAUGCACUGAUUUGCUCUUCUCAACUCAUGAUUUCUUUGUUAGUUUGCAUUCAAGAUGAACCCUUCUGGUACCUACAAAGAACUGAGAAUGGCAGAAUAUAGUGAACAAAUUGAUUAUACGUAAUUACCAAUAAAAUAAAAGUAAUGAAUAUAGAUAAGCUUAUUUUAUCUUUAAAAUUAAUAAUGAUGUUUAUUUGCUUUUUUUUCUGUACAA